GGGGACUCGGGCGAUAAAAACGGGCGCCGGGGCCCGCGCGCGCCGCCGCCGCUGCCGUUGACCUUCGGUUCUCCUGCCGGGCCGGAUCCCGCCUUCCCUCUGCCAUGGCGCCCAGGAAGUUCUUCGUGGGGGGCAACUGGAAGAUGAACGGCGACAAGAAGAGCCUGGGCGAGCUCAUCCAGACGCUGAACGGCGCCAAGCUCUCGGCUGACACCGAGGUGGUUUGUGGAGCCCCCUCCAUCUACCUCGACUUUGCCCGUCAGAAGCUUGAUGCAAAGAUUGGAGUUGCAGCACAGAACUGUUACAAGGUACCAAAGGGUGCUUUCACAGGAGAGAUCAGCCCAGCAAUGAUCAAAGAUAUUGGAGCUACAUGGGUGAUCCUGGGCCAUUCAGAGCGAAGGCAUGUUUUUGGAGAGUCUGAUGAGUUGAUUGGGCAGAAGGUGGCUCAUGCUCUAGCUGAGGGCCUUGGAGUCAUUGCCUGCAUCGGAGAGAAGCUGGAUGAGAGAGAAGCUGGCAUAACGGAGAAGGUGGUUUUUGAACAGACCAAGGCCAUUUCUGAUAAUGUGAAGGACUGGAGUAAAGUGGUCCUUGCCUAUGAACCAGUCUGGGCUAUUGGAACUGGUAAAACUGCAACUCCCCAACAGGCUCAGGAGGUUCAUGAGAAGCUGAGGGGGUGGCUGAAAAGCCACGUGUCUGAUGCUGUUUCUCAGUCAACUAGGAUCAUCUACGGAGGUUCGGUCACGGGCAGCAACUGUAAGGAGCUGGCCUCUCAGCAUGAUGUGGACGGCUUCCUUGUUGGUGGAGCUUCUCUCAAGCCAGAGUUUGUGGAUAUUAUCAAUGCCAAACACUGAAGCAGCCUGUGAGGAACAGUCCCUUGUGGUUAAGAGCAAGAAACGGAUGUAAGAAGGGACCUUUCAUUGCACAUGUCUCAGUACAGAGGCCUCCUCUGAGGCUUUUUCUGCUCCACGGUCAUUGUUCUAGCUGUGCUGCUAACCCACCCCACCGUGCUGGAAUCCUGUUAGUGGGAGCCUGUCUCUGCAGUCUUGACAGCCUCCUCUCUGAAUUGGCAAAAUCCUCGGGUGCCUGUUGACCUGGAAGAGCCCAUAGUCAACCCGGCCAGUGCCUCCCCCUUUCUCUGCAGCACUGCAGGGAGAGGGGGCCACUGGUGCGGUGGGAAGGAAAAAGGAACCACAGUCUCUUGCAUCCUUCAGCUCCAUCAGCAAGGAGCCUGUCAGCUUAGACCCUUGUGAGAUGUCUUGCCUCAUCCGUGUCCUGUACUGAACAAUAAAUGAAAACAAGAAAAAAGCAAA